GAAAGAUUUCGAUGUGCCAUCAAGCAUACAUAUGAUGAAUCAUACUGGUGAGAAACAGUACUCUUGUCCGCAGUAUGGGAAGAAUUUCACCCACACAACGAGUCUGAAUGCACAUAAGAAAAUUCAUACCGGUAAGAAGUCGUAUCAAAAUGAAACAUCCAACAACCAAAUACACAAAAGGAAACAUCCAGAAAAUACGACUCACACAGGUGAGAAGCGGUUCAAAUGCGAAAUAUCCAAGAAGGAUUUCGUUGCUCCACCGAGAACGCAUACAAUGAAUCAUACGAGUGAGAAGCCGUUCUCUUGUUCGGAAUGCAACAUGAGUUUCAUCUGGCCAUCGCUUCUGAAUAUGCAUAAGAAAAUUCAUACCGGGAAGAAGCCGUAUUCUUGUUCGGAAUGUGGGAAGAGCUUUGCCCAGCCAGCGGGUCUGUAUAUGCAUAACAAACUUCACACCGAUGAGAAAUCGCACUCUUGUUCGGAAUGUGGGAUGAAUUUCACCCUAUCAUCGAAUCUGAAUACACAUAAGAAAAUUCAUACCGGUAAGAAGCCGUAUUCUUGUUCGGAAUGUGGGAAGAAUUUUGCCCAGCCAGCGGGUCUGUAUAUGCAUAAAAAAGUUCAUACCGGUGAGAAGCCAUAUUCUUGUUC